AUGACUCCACCAUUAAAAAUUCAACUUGAUGAGACUACUUAUUACUCUACAUUAGGAUUGAGCACCAAUGCAUCUGAUAAAGAGAUCCAUAAAUCAUAUGUGAAAUUGGCUCGUGAACUACAUCCAGACAAAUCAAAAUCCGAUGGUGCAGCUGAGUUGUUCAAAUUGAUCAGUCAUGCCCAUUCUGUGUUGAUGGAUAAAGAGAAGAAAGAUGCAUACGAUAAGAUUUUAAUAUCAAAGGGACUUCUAAAUCAUUCACCAAGAAGAAAUUACCACAGAUUCGAGGGGACUACAGUGUCAGAGGUAGCUGAUAAAGUUAAAUCUACAAAACCUCAACGACCUUAUGAGAAGCAACCUUAUGGAUUCAAUACGAAGAGUACCACACCUCCCAAGACCAAAGUACCGAUCUUUCAAUCAUUUAAUUUGAAGAAUUACCAAACUAAGAGUUAUCAGACCAGAGGUGGACAGAACACAACGGCUCCACAAAAGAGUAAUGGCGUUUUUGAUUCAAGACCAACUACACCAUUCAAUUCAGGGAAAGAUGAUAAAAAUCAAAUCAAUGACAACCAAAAACAUGAGGAAGAAGAGGAAGCUAAUGAUAGAACUAAAAUUCAUAAAGUGAACCCUUUCGAAAACUCACAGAAUUCACCAUUUGCCAAUCACGAUCACCGUCAUUAUGCAAGAACCAAACACGAGGCCAGAGCUCAGGAGAGAAGAUCUACUUCACCAAUAAAAACUGUACCCACGUCUUCAGGUAAAUCAGAGGGUUGGGACAGUUUGAAGCAUCUAUUAGAAAAAUUCAAACAACAAGAUUCGGAAAACGAAGUGCCGCCCAGGUUUCAGGGCUCAAAGAAAGAGGAAGCACAGGACGAAAAGAAACAGAGUGAUAAAAUACGCAAAGCAGAGUCUCAAAGUAUACAUCUAGAUGAUUUGAGUCAAUCUCUACCGAGGGAGAACAAUUUCUUCGAUAUGAGAAACGUUAGCAAUUCUAUACCUGCUAUCAAGAGAACUAAGCUAGAUAUAAGAAUUCCAGAUGAAUCACCAAAGCAAGAGCACAAGAAGGAUACUCAAAACAUCGCAGAGUCUCUUUUUGUUCCUGUUAAUAGACCGCUGCCGAGAAUCUACAAGACAGAUCACAUACCAUUGGAUCAGUACAUGAUAAACUCUAAAUCGCUUCAGUGGCAGCUACCUGCAAUGCCUAAUUUUCAAUGCAACAUACUAAAUCAAUCAGAAGUGGAAUACUGUAAGGAAUUGGUUAAAAGUUUCAAUGAAGAAUCCAACGCUCUGAAAGAACAGCUUUUACAGACAUUACGGGAACGUCUAGAUGCAGACAAGAUACUGAAUGAAAGACUAGUUAAAGUAGAGAACACCGCAAACUGGGUCUCUUCCAAAGAUUUCGAUUUUGAAGUGGUCAAUAAGCUCGGAGAACUGCAAAGCAGGCAGCGAAUCGUCGCACAGAGUUUCGCCAACUUACUGAAAAGCGCAUACGCUUCAGAUCAAAGGAAUUCAUGA